UUCCAGCAACCUGCCCAGGUGAGUGAGUGCCAGAGGGUUACGUGCUGGGGCAGCAGCAUCCGAUAGGAGAGCGACACAUAGAGGGCUGGGCUGAGACCACCGAGUGCUCAUAUGCCUGCAGGGGGAAAGCUGCAGAGGACUUUGCUGGGAAGAGAUCCAUGUGGAGAGAGUCCUUCAUGCCACAUGUUUUCUGUGAACCCUAAGACCACAGCUAUCUGCAGUGUCAUCUGAGAUCUUGAGAGUCGCACACCGUUAUGGGAGAUUCUCCAGCCGACACCACUGAUGAAGGUGCAGACACAUGCUGCAAAGACACUCAGACUGACCUGGCAGAGAGAGUAGCAGCCAUAGAUGUUGCUGUUGGGCCUAAUAUAGAUGACCAAAAUGUUCAAGAAGCAAUAGAAGAAAAUGACACAGUCUUUUCUGACAGUUUAGCAGACAUGCAGAAGAAUGGGGUCCAUAGUGACAUGAUAACAAAUGAAUCUUUACCUUCACAAGACCCAGAGGAUGUUCAUCAGAUGAAUAUUCCAAAGAAAGCUCCCACUAGGCCUGUCCUAUCCAGCAGAAAGUUGUCUCUUCAAGAAAGACCUACAGGAAGCUACCUGGCUUCCACCAAUCCUCCAGGCUAUGGUCCUUAUGCAACAGGACCUUUAACACAUAUCUCGCCACGUAUAGUGAGGAGACCAACGAUAGAGUCCAACCGGAUCGCCAUCUCAGAUGCUGAGGACUGUGUGCAAUUAAACCAAUACAAGCUGCAAAGUGAAAUUGGCAAGGGCUCCUAUGGUGUUGUGAAAUUGGCCUACAAUGAGAGUGACGACAAGUAUUACGCUAUGAAAGUCCUCUCCAAAAAGAAGCUACUGAAACAGUAUGGAUUUCCACGUCGACCUCCCCCUAGAGGAUCCAGAGCAACUUCUGAUGGGCAGCCAAAAUCAAUGGCACCGCUGGAUAGAGUUUAUCAAGAAAUAGCCAUCUUAAAGAAACUGGACCAUAUCAACAUUGUGAAGCUAAUCGAGGUACUGGAUGAUUCUGCAGAGGACAAUCUGUACAUGGUGUUUGACCUUCUGCGCAAGGGACCUGUCAUGGAGGUGCCAACUGACCAGCCAUUCACUGAAGAGCAGGCUCGGCUCUACUUUAAGGACAUUGUCAUGGGCAUAGAGUACUUGCACUAUCAGAAGAUCAUUCACCGGGACAUCAAGCCUUCCAACCUGCUCUUGGGAGAUGAUGGGCAUGUCAAAAUAGCUGAUUUUGGAGUCAGUAAUCAGUUUGAAGGGAAUGACGCCCAGCUUUCCAGUACUGCCGGUACACCAGCCUUCAUGGCUCCAGAGGCGAUUUCAGAUUCUGGCAAAAGCUUUAGUGGAAAGGCACUUGAUGUAUGGGCCAUGGGAAUUACUUUGUAUUGCUUUGUAUAUGGGAAGUGCCCUUUUAUAGAUGAAUACAUUCUGGCUCUCCAUAACAAGAUCAAGAACAAGGUGGUGGAGUUCCCAGAAGAGCCACAGAUAAGUGAAGAGCUCAAAGAACUGAUUGUAAGGAUGCUGGAUAAAAAUCCAGAAACGAGGAUAACAGUUACUGAGAUUAAGUUGCAUCCCUGGGUAACAAAGUUUGGGGAGGAUCCACUGCCUCUGGAGGAAGAGCAUUGCACUGUGGUGGAGGUGACUGAGGAGGAGGUGAAGAAUUCCGUCAAGACAAUCCCAAGCUUGCCAGCUGUAAUUUUAGUGAAGGCCAUGCUAAGGAAACGCUCAUUUGGAAACCCAUUUGAGGUUCAGGCCAGAAGGGAAGAGAGGUCCAUGUCUGCUCCAGGAAACCUAUUAAUAAAGCAAGGGAGCAGAGAAGGAGUAAAGGACCUUGAUCUCCCUGACGUCUGUGAAGAUGAGGCUACUUCCUGAAGUCAUGUGCAUGUCCUGGAUUGGUUAUUUACUGCUGUUGUAACCAUUGUGUUGUGUCCCACACAUUCUGCUCUCAUGAACCAAAGUUUGUGACCUGAAAAACAGAAAUUGAAAAGAGGAAACAAGCAACAACAACUAACAGUGCGAGUUCUUUGGAAAUGGUUUAUUCACGGAAUGUUAUGUUGUAUUACUCAUUGGCUUCAUUCAACAUGUAAGAUGUUUCUCUGUAUUUGACAUGUGCCUCAUUCUCCAUUUGUGCUUCAGCCUAUGUUGUAUGGUCAUUAUUGUCUGGUAUCUUGACCAAUGAAUGUGUUUUUAUUUAUAAUUCAAAGAACCAAACUUUAUGUAAUAGGGCACUUGCCAUCAAGAUGUUUUCCAGCUUUUUGCAUUCUGCAUUCAAAGUACCAAGAAAAAAGAUAUGCAGUAGCCAGGUGUCCUCUCUUAGGUUAACUUUUAUUUAUUACUCAAGUGCUUAAAUUUACUGGGGCACAGUCUUACUUCUGCUGAAGUCAAUGACAAAAUUCCUGUUGACUUCUGUUGACGUAGGAUGAGAUCUUCCACUGUGUAAUUCUUUGUGCUUUUCAUUCUUUCUUAUUUUUGCAUUAUAUAGCUCUUAUUUUUGCAUUAUAUAGGGCCACGUUAGAGUCAUUUUAGUACAAUAUUGAAAAUAUACGGUAUUGCCACCCAUCUGCAUUGAGAUUUGGACUGUCCCUGAACUGUUAAAGGCCCUGAUAUUCAUCUGAAUAUGAUGGAUUAGUGCACCAAGAGCAUUUGCUUAUAGAGUGUACUAUUCCCAGAGGGCUGGUAUUUGAUUCCAUUUGUGUGCUAAUGUGUGGACAGGAAUUGUAUUUACUGAUCUGAAAGCAUGAGACAAUGGAUUUUAUUUGUCAUUUAAGGCAGUCUGAUUCUCCUUUCCCACUCACCUCCCAGUCCCCCUUCCCCCACCAUAAGAGAGAGACAGUAGGUGUGUUUGAUUAUAUCUUAAGUUUUUUACCUAAUUGUUGUUUACUAGUAAAUGCCCUGAAAUAGGACAUUUUCCUAUAAGAGAGUAUGUCAGUAGAUGAUUCUUUGAUGGUAAGCAAGGACCCAGAAAAGCUACAGGACAAAAGUUGAGUUUAAUUUAACUCAUUUGUGUAACAUUUCAAUACUUUAGGUUUUAUGCACUUGGUCCUCUGCUGUGGCAUGCUGCUGUAACACCCCCCAAUGUGGUUUUAAUAAUAUCAUGAAUCUUCAGUGUUGUUGAAUUAAGAGGUCAGAGAUUUGAGCUUGUUUGGAAUCCCAAGUCAGCAGCAAUGUAGGCUGAAACCACUACAAAAAUAUUUAUGUCAUGUCCUAGGUUAUGUACUGCAGCAGUUCCACAGGAGAGAAAGAGAAUAGCUUCCAGUAUGAGUUCUGAGAUGAGAUUGUCAUGUUGCACAGCUAUAAAUUUGGAGUAAUGCAUUCACUUCAAUGGAGUUACUUCAGAUUUACAUUGGGGUUUCUGUGUUUAGUCUCUCAGGCAAGUACAAAGCUGUGUGCACACCUCUAUAGAAUAAUAGGACUGGAAGGGACCUCGAGAGAUCAUCUAGUCCAGUCCCCUGCACUCAAGGCAGGACUAAGUAUUAUCUAGACCAUUCCUGACAGAUGUUUGUCCAACCUGCUCUUAAAAAUCUCCAAUGAUGGAGAUUCCACAACCUCUGUAGGCAAUUUAUUCCAGUGCUUUACCACUCUGACAGUUAGGAAGUUUUUCCUAAUGUCCAACCUAAACCUCUCUAGCUGCAGUGUAAGCCCAUUACUUCUUGUCCUAUCCUCAGAGGUUAAGAAGAACAAUUUUUCUCCCUCCUCCUUGUAACAACUUCUUAUGUACUUGAAAACUGUUAUCAUGUCCCCUCUUAGUCUUCUCUUUUCCAGACUAAACAAACCCAAUUUUUAAAAUCUUCCCUCAUAGGUCAUGUUUUCUAGAUCUUUAAUCAUUUUUGUUGCUCUUCUCUGGACUUCCUCCAAUUUGUUCACAUCUUUCCUGAAAUGUGGCACCCAGAACUGGACACAAUACUCCAGUUGAGACCUAGGCACCGCAGAGUAGAGUGGAAGAAUUACUUCUUGUGUCUUGCUUACAAGACUCCUGCUAAUACAUCCCAGAAUUAUGUUUGCUUUUUUUGCAACAGUGUAACACUGUUGACUCAUAUUUGGCUUAUGGUCCACUGUGACCCCCGGAUCCCUUUCUGCAGUCUUCCUUCCUAGGCAGCGAUUUCCCAUAUUGUAUGUGUGCAACUGAUUGUUCCUUCAUAAGUGGAGUACUUUGCAUUUGUCCUUAUUUAAUUUUAUCCUAUUUACUUCAGACUAUUUCUCCAGUUUGUCCAGAUCAUUUUGAAUUUUAAUCCUAUCCUCCAAAGCACUUGCAACCCCUCCCAUCUUGGUAUCAUCCACAGAUUUUAUAAGUGUACUCUCUAUAUCAUUAUCUAAAUCGUUGAUGAAGAUAUUGAACAGAACCAGACCCAGAACUGAUCCCUGUAGGACCCCACUCGUUAUGCCCUUCCAGCAUGACUGUGAACCACUGAUAACUACUCUCUGGGAAUGAUUUUCAAACCAGUUUUGCACCCACCUUGUAGCUCCAUCUAGGUUGCAUUUCCCUAGUUUCUCUAUGAGAAGGUCAUGUGACACAGUAUCAAAAGCUUUACUAGAGUCAAGAUAUACCACAUCUACCACUUCCCCCCCAUCCACAAGGCUUGUUACCCUGUCAGUGAAAGCUAACAGGUUGGUUUGACGCGAUUUGUUCUUGACAAAUCCAUGCUGACUGUUACUUAUCACUAUGUUUACCUGUGUCAACAAAAAGGGCAAAUAAAGUCAAAAGGCAGGAGUAUUUUCUAUUAUUAUGCAUUUAAAUGCAAGUUAUGGGGUUUUUCUGUGAGGAAGGCAGCUAGAAUAUAUGUUGUUUCAGAGAGAAAAGUGGUAAAUUAAGGCUGGUCAGGAUUAGGAGGGUUUUUGGCCCUUUUUAGGGUGUGAAUGAGAUAAAGUUAUAAACCCAUUGUUUAUAUCUUAUCUUCACUCCAGUUUCCUCCCCUUUUCAUUUUUCAUAGAAUCAUAAAUUUUUAAGGUCUGAAGGGGCAAUUUUGAUCAUCUAGUCUGACCUCCUACAAAACAAAGGCCAUAGAAUGUCACCCACUUUCUUCACCACAUCCCUCUUUUAUUGUUACAUAUGUUAAUAGGCAUCUCUGCUAGCAGCAUUCUGUCAGUGUCAGGAGUUCGUUAUUUUUCAUCACACAGAAGUGUUGUUCUGAAAAAUGUAGAUUCAGUGUAGCAAGAGCUAGGCAGAGGCAGACCAGUAGCCUUUACGUGUCUGGUCUAGUUGCAGAGCACAGGACUGGGAGUGAGGAAAUGGGAGUUUUCAUCUGAACUCUGACAAUGACUCCCAGUGUGAAGUUGGGCAAGUCACUUAACUUCUCUGUGCCUCAGUUUAUCCAUCUGGAAAAGGGGGAUAAUACUCCCCACCUCACGGGGAGGCGAAUUUUAAUCAAAGUUUGCAUACUGCUUCAAUAGCACCUUCUAUCUACGGAUAACAAAUGUUGUAAUCUAUUAUAUUUAUGCUACAGAGUAGUAACCGUAAAAGCAGGUGUCUUAAAUCAUCCUAGUCUUGGAGUUACUGUUAUAUUUCUCUUUUUGUAAAAGGGAUGGUGCUGAUGGAAAACUCAUUUACUCUUUUCUUCAGCUCAGGCAAGAAGUCUGACAGAGAAGAACUUGCCAAUUACAAUAUUAUGGAGCAUUAUUUCUCAGCAGAGGUAUUCUCCUUCAGUUCACUUGGGCUUUAGCCUUGUCUACAGUCAAAGUUGCACUGGUUUUAACUGAGGUGCGACUUUAAACCAUUUAAUUAUAUGGGUGCCAAAAACCUUAGUGGACACUCUGAAUUCAAUUUUAUACUUAGUUUAUACCAAUAAACUUGAUAAGGAAGUUAAACUUUGAAUAUAGCACCUGACAUCUAUCUACACUAAGAAAAUCUUUCAGUUCAGCUUCAGUGGUGUUAGCUGACUUGGGGGAUGAGAAUUUAGAUUAUUUCUUAAACCAAUGGAUUUAUGGUUCAAUAACUAUCUAUUUUGAAAUUAUGGAGGAGAUUUUUCAAAGGACUCCAGUGGAGAUAUGCACUCAAUUUCCAGUGGGAUUUGGGAGCCUAACUCUUUUAGCGUUGCUUUGAAAAUCCCAGCCUCAAUUAAUAAAACAAAUCAAAAUCUUAAUAUUUUUGGGAGGAGUAGGCUUAAUGUGCUAUUUCUUUAGCUAUAGGACACUGUGUUGCUUUUAUAGUCUUUAAAUCUCUUAAAUUCUCCCCAAAAUUGUUUUUAGAAAAUGUUCAGUGUUCCUUUAAAAAAAAAAACACAGUAGACCUGUUUCUUCCAAUCCAGGCAAAAGUGAAUUCUACUUCAGAGACUUUGUCAUCUCUGGCUUUCAGCCCAAGAUUUCUUUUUCUUUAGAUGACAAGAAAUCAUCCUAAUUCCAUUGCACAAAGCAAUCUUAAAAUCUGUACACAGUUCAAAAAGGGGAAAUUAUGCCAGCAUAAAAAGAAGUCUAAUAAUUUCUGUGCAUGUCUAAAGGGAAUGCUAUAAAAUGGCAUUCCACUUCUGUCACCCUAUCAGAGUGAAAUGUACGACAUGUUUGCAGCAAUGUUAGUGUAGCUUGGAGCAAUAGUGCCUUUCUACUAUGGGACAGAAGCAGUUUAAAGGAUAUAAAAUUUAUUUUUUUUAAAAAUUAGCCUUUCAUCUCUGACAAUUAAGCCCUAUCCAGAAUGGAUGAAAAUCAUUCUCUUUACAUAGAUACCGGGCAUUGGGAUGAUCUGCAGAGCAGAGGGGAGGACUGGAAUAGUCAGUCUCCGAUGUCUUUGUGCAAUCCCUACAUUUUGUAUUCAAAAUCCUCCACCACCAUUUAAUAUACUAAAUAGCACUGUUUCUGCUGCAAGAGUAUCCUGCAGAAGACGGUGCCUGAAUUCAUCAAAAUGUGUGUACUCAAGUCCAUAUCUGUGAGAAACACCGCUAACAGUUUUUUGUAAAGCAAACUGUUAUUUGUCACCUCUUAUAAUUUAGUCCAAGUUGUAACUAAGUUAUGUCUAAUUUGAGAAGCCUUCAAAGAAAUUUCUCUUGUGGAGAAAUAACACACUUUUAAAUCUGCAAUGAAGUACAUUUUUAAAAAAAUUAUUAAUAGAUCUAAGUUCUUAGCUUGCGAGAUAACACUUGGUAAAGUUUGUCAAGUCUGUUAGCAAGGGUAGCCAUAUUAGAGAUCUUUAUCAUUUUGGGUGGGAGUAUUUCAAUAGGAACAGGACACUGCAAACAAAAUUCCCAUUGUUUUCAGAUACUUAUCAUUACAUUGUAGAGUCUGAGUGAAGCAUGCACAGUGACUCUUAAUGUUUAUAACACCAUCUCACCCCAGUGUGCACGUGUACUAUAUCUGCUGUUGUGCCGUGGUUUCCUGGCCAUUUGUCUGUGAUAAAGAAUAAUGUGUAUUUGCUGGUAAUUGUGUCAUAUCUGCAUGAUUCCACCUUUGAGCAGCAAAGGUCUAUAAAGACACCUAGGAAAUCAGCCAUGUUAGAUUUUGUCAGUUGUCUUUUAGACUGCUGGAGACUUUGACAGUGCAAAGUAAAGAAACAGAAGUUUAUAGUGUAGCCUUUCCAGUUUGAGUCACAUAAUCAGCUCCUAUAAUUGUUGUCUACAAGAGAAUUUAGUGCACAUGCAGUAGUAAUCAUGGUUUUAGAUUUAGAUUUUUCUGUGGUUCUUUUCGGUGUCUUGAGAUAUGUGAAAUAAACAAAAAUCCUCUGUUUUGUAGGUUAAAAAGAUAAUGAAUCAGGUUCCACAAAGAUCUCUGUAAGACCCACCUGUUUAUUUACUAUAUAUAAUAUUAUUUACCUUAAUAUAGAACAUAUAAAGCAUAAUUUGAAAAGUGGCUAACAUUAAUGACAUGUUCACAGAUUUUCUUUGGCUUUCACUCCUUUGGUGACAACAGUUUUGUAUCUUGUUUGAGUAGCUUCUGACAAGACAAUCAUCUGCUGGUUUUUUACUUAUAAUUGCCAGUGGGUUGCAUUUCAGGGCAGUCUUUGAGUUUCAAAGAUGUUAGGCAACUUAGAGGUCAUUUUUUUGUUGUUGUUUUAAGAGGAAAUGGGAUGCUAGCUUGAUUCAUUUUAUUUGCAAAUUGUGUACAAUUUGAAACAUUCUGAUUAAGGUCUUAUACUGCUCAAAUUGAAGACAAUGGAAGUUUUGCCACUGACUUAGUGGGAGUGAGAUCAGGGUCAUAAGUGACUAACAAGUGGCUGUGAAAAUCUUGAAAAAAAACAGCUUUUAAAAUAACUAAUUUUGUUCUAGAGUAGCGGCCAUGUUAGUCUGUAUCCGCAAAAAGAAAAGGAGGACUUGUGGCACCUUAGAGACUAACAAAUUUAUUUGAGCAUAAGCUUUCAUAAGUGAGCUGUAGCUCAUGAAAGCUUAUGCUCAAAUGGAUAUGUUAGUCUCUAAGGUGCCACAAGUCCUCCUUUUAAUUUUGUUCUGUUUGUCGUAGCUGUUAUAUUUGUCUUCCAAGCAGGUGUUUAUAGCAAAGCAUAAGCUCUGAUGUAAACUCCUCUUUGGAGACAGCAUAAUUGAACAUGGUAGCCAUGAGACCCCUUGAACUGCUUACAUUUCCAGAAUCAAGGACAAAAAGAGAAUGUGAGGAUUUUUCUUUUGUUACUGUGUAUGAUAAACCUGUGCCAUGUUGGUUGCAAUGGAUUUCAUGAAAGGAAUUUCACUGUUCCGUGGAUCAUGAUGUCAAAGCAGUAAAACUGUAAAUAAAUCUACCUCCUUUGAUGGGCAGUUGCAAUCUUAAUUGUAAUAUUUACUUCAGGAAAGUAUGGACUGUGAGUCAAGUUAAAAUUCAAGAAAUUUUAAAACAAAUCCCCUUAUAAUAAGAGUUUCUAGGCCUUUAACUGCACCAACUGAACAGAGGCUAAGUUAAGUUCAGAGAUCUGUUGUCGUGUGAAAUAAAUUAUGUUCAACAAAAUAAGCAUGAGGGCUAUAGAGAAUGUACCCCUUAAAGCCCAGACUUUGGUCUUUAUAACACUGGGUUCUUCAUAACCUAUCAGGCAGAGCUACCUGCUAUAGCAGCUGGAGUUACUGUAUGUAAGUUCAAGUGACGCUAAUUUAUUUUAAAUGAAAAUGUGAGCACUACAUGAAAUCAACAUAGAUGUCUUUCUAUUAAAGAGUUUCUAACUUACUAUGCAGUUUUACUGCAUGGUUCCAAUUCUAGGCUAAUAAAUUCUUUUGACAAGUAAAUCAAAUUCAGAUGAUAACUUGGCCUCUUUGUGAGCCCAAUCUUGUAAGGUGCUGAGUGCUCACUUGUGGAAACUAAAUGUGUGUUUUUUGUAUACGUGAAGUGUGUCACUUUUGUAUAGGCAUGUAUGUGAAUGUGCACUGUAAUUUAUGGAAGAGACCAUUUAAAUUUACAUAUUAGCUUAUAAAGGAGUCUAUACAUGGUCUACUAUGAGUUUUAAUAUCAUUUGGAUGUAAGUGACAUAUUUCUGUUCCACAUGGACCUCCUGGGAGGUAUGGUGUGCCCUCAACACCCAUUGAUUUCAGUGGGAGUUUAAAUAACUCAGCACAUUGCAGGAUCUGGCGCUAGAAAAGAAUUUAAUGAUGCAAGGAUAAAUAAUCCUGUAUUUAUCUUAGUCCAAGAGCCAUACAGCAUAAAUAAAAUGAGAUCUAAAUUGUAUUGGGAAUUCAGUAGAAAAUUUUCUGACAAAUGCUUUUUAAAGGUGCACUCCACCUUGAAAUCUGUGCAAAACAAAGAGGAUGCUGUUACAACAGCAUUCUUUACUUAGGCAAAUUGGUACUGUAGGUGGGAAGCAAACUAUCUAUAGAUCAGGGAAUGUUCCAUAUAACAGAGUCUUAAAAUAAGGAGAGAGAGCAUGGUAUAGUUCUUUCUCAGAGACAACAUACCUGUAGUGCAACAGAAAGAAAGAAAGAAAGUCCCCAUAACAGAUUUUACUAUUCAUUACAUGACCAGCCAGCUCACAGUUAAGGUCAGACAUUCUGCAGUCCUUAAAAAAAAUCAAAACUCCCAGGGGCUUCUAAUGACUACCUAAAAUAUUACUUGAAAUUUGUUUUCUUGCAUUUUGUGAUAAAUUGCAACGUGAGAUCCUUUAAAGUCUAGGAAUAUAUGUGUCGUCUCUUCUCAUGAUUAGUCCAGGAGGAUCAAACAAAGCUGUAUUGACAUUGUUCACAAACACCCAUCUCUCCGUAAAAGCCACCAUUACCUCCCCCACAAAAAAAAACUCCCCGCACACACCGUGACACACCUUCUUUCUCCCCAUCAUCAGCAAGUCAAAGAGCUGUAUAGAAAAUGUGCAAAAAAGAGAAGGUCGUCCCAGUAUAACACAUAGAUCUCAGGUCUCCCAUGUAGAGCAGCAAGUUGUGUAUGUGACAGCUCAUUUGUUGCAUGAUUGCAAAUUAAACUUUCAGUGUCAUGGCUUUUCAAGACUUGUACAGCAAAGAAUGUUACUUCUCCAAUUCAACUAAGGUUCCAUCCUGCAAGGUACUGAGCACUUUGUAUAUAGACAUCAGUUGGGCUACUCACAAAUUUUAAGUUAAACAUGAGCUUAAGUUAUUUCCAGGAUCUGGGCCAGAGUCCUUCACACAGUGCAGGAUCAAACCCCUAGAUCCUUGCUGCAUGCUGAUCAGGUGUAACGCAGCAGUUCCUGAUCCUUGAUGCUAAUGCCAAAUGUUUUAGUGAUUUGAGACAAGAAGGAGACAGAAGGGAAGAGAGAAUAGUCUCUCCAUAUAGAGGGCAUCUAGAUACUAAUCUAAAUGAAAAAAAGGAAAGUGGAGUUGCUAGAGCUUGUGUGCACUUUUAUUGUGUUUUAAUUAAAAAGAUUAUUAGCUCUUACAGUAUUUCAGAUUUUUACAGCAUUUCUUAGGGCUUGGAAGCAUCUAGUGAAUUUUUGUAUAGUGCAUUAUGUGUUACCUGAGAUUCUGCUUUUCACCUGAACCCAUUUACAGAAUUGUCCUGUGAACAAAAAGUGAAAGCAUUUUCUUUCCUGGUCCAGAGCACUAUACAAAAACGCAAAAGAUCUGCUUCAUUCAGAACUCUGGAUGUACUGGAGUG